GGAACGGGAACUUGAAACACAGAAACUGGAAUUCAUGGAAAUGCGCUAUUCUUGGGAAUAUUUUAAUAAUACGUUUGGUUACGGACACUUCUGACCAAACGAACCUACCACCGAGGACCAACGCUUUUGAGGAUUACAUUUAAAGGAUUACAAUUAUGAUUGACACCUUUUAUUUUUUAUGUUUUAUCACAGUAUCAGGUGCGGUGAUGGAUCUAACCCUGAUCUCAAAUGCUGAGACCUCCGCUUCCGAAUUCUUCCUCUCCUGCAUCUCGGGGGAGCGCGACUCCAGCAAACUCGACCUUCGCAUCCAGAAAAACAACAGUAUCAUCCUUCUUGCCUCUCCACCGCGCUUCAGAGUGCACAGGUUAAGAACCCAAGAGGCUAGAGCCAACCACUUUGGUAACCAUGAGAAUGUGGGCAUUUUUAACUGCCUUGCAGUUCAGGGCUCAGCGUUACUCACGACAGUGACGCUAAUCAACAAUUGGAGAGGUCAUUUUAUACCAAAGCAGCUCACAGUAACGGCCAACAAAGGAGAGACUGUGCAGCUGGCGAUGGAUAUUGUGGACACCCGAAAGACAGACGUCAUAUGGAAAUAUAAUGGAAACUACUACUCUACAACUCACUGGGCCGAGUUCACCAAUAACACUGCAGUUAUGACUUUGCAUAAUCUAGUGCAGAAUCAUGCCGGGUUCUACAGUGGCUGUUAUAUGGGAGACAGUCCAAUCUACGGUGCCUGGAUGAGGCUCAUUGUUCGAGCUUGUCCAGAUAAGAAAUGGGGAUCUGACUGUGACCAGGACUGUCCUGAGUGCCAAAAUGGGGGUGUGUGCCAUGACAAGGAAGGGGACUGCAUCUGCCCACCUGGCUUUAUGGGAAUGCGCUGUGAGACAGCCUGUCGGGAGGGAAUGUUUGGGCGGAACUGCCUGGAAUCAUGCCACUCUAAAAUGAAUUGUAGUGGCCUGAACUUCUGCCUCUCUGACCCCUAUGGCUGCUCCUGUGCUAGUGGGUGGCAUGGGCCUCGCUGCAACCAACCCUGUGAGAAGGACAUGUACGGAGCUGGUUGUAAGCUGAGCUGCAGGUGCAAGAAUGGGGGCGUCUGCAACCGUUUCAGUGGCUGCCAGUGCCCAACAGGCUGGCGUGGGCAGAACUGUGAGAAAUCAGAUCGUGCACCCCAGAUCUUAGACAUGGCAAAUACCCUUGAGUGGAAUCGGGACUCCAGCGCCAAGAUAUCGUGCUCUGCCACAGGCAACCCCCUCCCAAGCCACACAAGCAUCGAGCUGCGCAAGCUGGACAGUACGGUCCUCAAGGCAUCUCGCACAACCAUGGAUUCCAACAAGAGCACAGCCCAGUUCGAGAUCCCGCGUCUGUCCAUUGAGCAUGGUGGUUUGUGGGAAUGCAGAGUCUCCACCAAUGGGGGACAGGACACACGUAAAUUCAACCUGACUGUAAAAGAACCUCCCUGUCCCACAACUGCUCCCAAGCUUCUGGAGAAGAGAAGUAAGCAGCUGGUGGUUAUGCCCCUCAGCACCUACAAAGGUGAUGGACCCAUUGUCUCCAUCAGGCUCCUCUACAAACCUAUGGAAGCAGGAGCCUCCUGGUCUUCCAUCAUAGUCUACAACAGCAAGGAGCCCAUCACCUUGAUGAACCUGAAACCCUCUACCAGGUACCUUGUCCAGGUCAAGCUCACUCGUCCUGGGGAUGGAGGUGAGGGGCCAGUUGGACCUGAGGCCUUCAUGGAGACAGAUUGUCCAGAGCCGACGGUGAGGCCGGAAAUUGAUUUCAGCUCGCUGGAGGGUCGUAAUGCCACAGUCAGGUGGCUAUUGCCAGGGAGCCCCGGCACAGCCAGUGCUUUUUUAGUGCAGCUCUACGGACCGUCUGAGGACAAGAUUUUGGAGGAGACCAGCUUGCUCAAUGUUCUCUCCACCAAGUUCUACGACCUGGAAUACCACCGUGACUACCGUGUGGUCGUCAGACUGGUCAACUGUGGCAGUCUCGGACCAGCCUCAAAACCCUACCUCAUCCGAAUCAACAGCCAGGGACCAUCCUCACCUCGCAACGUGCAGGCUGACCCACUGUCAAUCACUGCUGUUCGUUUGAAGUGGCAACCCCCAGAGGACCCCAAUGGUGGAAUUGUCAAGUACAUAAUUGAGUACCAGUCUGUGGGCCAGGGUAGUCAGCACCUCUGGGUUGACACAGACGAUGGCAACAAGACUACCAAGGAUUUCACAGCUCUCAAUGGAAGCACACUCUACCAGUUCCGGGUCCGUGCUUUCUCCAAAGUGCCUGGCGAAUGGAGCACAUUCGUCCAGGCCUCCACACUGAUUGAUGGCCCACCCAGCUUCACCCCGACGACACAGGGGGUUGGGGGCCGUCCGGGGAGUGAAGGGUUCCAGUUGCUGAUGGCUGUGGUGGGCUCGGUAACAGUCACCUGCUUUACCAUCCUCUUUGCCCUCUUGGGGCUCUUCUGCAUUCGCAAAACCAUGCUCAAUCGUCGAAGAACCUUCACCUACCAGUCCGGAUCGGGAGAGGAGACCAUCCUCCAGUUCAAUUCAGGGACCCUGACACUGACUCGCCGACCCAAACCACAGCCCGAGCCCCUCACCUACCCCAUACUAGAGUGGGAAGACAUCAAAUUUGAGGAUGUCAUCGGGGAGGGGAACUUUGGACAGGUUAUAAAGGCCAUGAUCAAGAAGGAUGGCAAUAAAAUGAGUGCUGCCAUAAAGAUGCUGAAGGAGUUUGCAUCAGAAAAUGACCACAGAGACUUUGCUGGUGAGCUGGAGGUGCUGUGUAAACUGGGCCAGCACCCCAACAUCAUCAAUCUGAUUGGAGCCUGUGAAAACCGGGGGUACCUUUACAUUGCCAUCGAGUAUGCCCCCUUUGGGAACCUGCUAGAUUUCCUAAGGAAAAGCAGAGUCCUGGAGACUGACCCUGCCUUUGCCAAGGAGCACGGCACUGCCUCUACCCUUACCUCACAGCAGCUGCUGCAGUUUGCUGUAGACGUGGCCACAGGCAUGCAUUACCUGAGCGACAAACAGUUCAUUCACAGGGACUUGGCUGCAAGGAACGUGCUUGUAGGGGAGAACCUGAUUGCUAAGAUUGCUGAUUUUGGACUGUCCAGAGGGGAAGAAGUCUAUGUAAAGAAGACCAUGGGAAGGUUGCCUGUCAGAUGGAUGGCUAUAGAAUCAUUAAACUACAGUGUCUAUACCACAAAGAGUGAUGUAUGGUCUUUUGGGGUGCUCCUGUGGGAGAUUGUAAGUUUAGGUGGAACUCCGUACUGUGGAAUGACCUGUGCUGAGCUCUAUGAGAAGCUACCUCAGGGAUACAGGAUGGAACAGCCCAGAAACUGUGAUGAUGAGGUUUAUGAACUGAUGAGACAAUGCUGGAGAGACCGGCCAUAUGAGAGACCACCUUUCUCCCAAAUCUCUGUUCAGCUCAACCGGAUGCAAGAGGCCAGGAAGGCUUAUGUGAACAUGGCGCUCUUUGAGAACUUCACCUAUGCUGGAAUAGAUGCCACUGCGGAAGAGGCCUGACUACCAGCCCCCUCAGACCCUGGUAGCCUUUGUAGUCUGACAAAGUCACGCAGUAGCAGGAUACCACGUUACUGCUGUCCACCCGAGGCUCAUUGGAAUAGAGACUUCCAGAAACUGUGAAAAGACACUGAAAAGGCCUUUGGGUUGACAUGGCCUAUUGGCCCCAGCUCUCCUCUUCCGUUUCACGAUCGGGGCAGUCGUGAGUCAGAUGCUAUUUCAACUGCAUGGAUGCUUGGAAUGCCCAGCUAUCUGAACUUUAUCAGACUAUCAUAUUGGGGUGCUGUUACUAUAUGAGAUUUUUCUUAAACACAUACGCAUUCUCUGAAAAUAGAACUUCAAACAAGAAAAAGUUCAUAGGAUUGCAAUAACAAAGAAGAAAAAUGAUGGCACUUGUAUUUAAUGUACCCCUAUGUACAUAUUUCAGUUAUUCAUCCACCUGCUUAAAACUGCCGGUAUUGUUCAUAUCAGUAUUCUUAAUUUUUGUAUAUACACUCAGUGAGCACUUUAUUAGGUAUUUAUUAGACUUUUUUUUUACUUAUUCGUCUUCUGCUGCUGUAGCCUAUCUUAGAGGUGUGAUAAGUUGUGUGUUCAGAGAUGCCCUUAUGCAUACCACUGUUGUAAUGUGUGGUUAUUUGCGUGACUGGCACCUUCCUGUCAGCUUUCUGUCAGCUUUGAUAAUCUUUGAUAAUCUUCUCUGACCUCUCUCAUUAACAACAUGUUUUUGCCUGUAGAACUGCGGCUCACUGGAUGUUUUUUGUUUUUUGCACCAUUCUCUGCAAAGUCCAGAGACUGUUGUGAAAAUCCCAGGAGACCAGUAGUUUCUGAGAUACUCAAUCCACCCUGUCUGGCACCAACAAUCAUUCCACGGUCAAAGUCACAUUUUUGAUGUGAAGAUUAACUGAAGCUCCUAACCCGUAUCUGCUUGAUUUUUGCAUUGCAGUGCUGCCACACAAUUGGCUGAUUAGAUAAUCACACAAAUAAGUAGGCGUGCAGGUAUUCCUAAUAAAGUGUUCAGUGACUGUAUACCUCCCAUAUAGUCUCCUUACAGACUUGUACAGACAAUCCUGCCUUUGCUCCAGCACUGAAGUCUUUUAUAUAUCAUUCAAACAGGCUAUAUUUCUUUCUUAAACCAGAUAUGAUUUUCCAUAUUUUAUCAAAGAGAAAAUACAUAUUGUAUAUUCUCAUAAGUUUGUAAAUGAAGUAUUGAUGACUGGA